AUCAGAUAAGAAGAAUUCAAAGUUUAAUGUUAAGAUUGACUUUUUAAUAUAGUUUGUAUAUUUAUAAUUUUAAAACAUUUUUUAAGCAAGCAUGGGCUUAAAACUUUAUUAUAAUACAUUUUCUCAACCUUCUCGUGCUGUUUACUUGUUUUUAAAGCUGAAUAAUAUUCCUUUUGAAAAAAAAAUUGUUAAUUUAAUGGCUGGGGAACACAAGAAGGAUGAAUAUAAAAAGAUCAAUCCCCUGUCAUUGGUACCAGUCAUUGAUGAUAAUGGAUUCAUUGUGAGAGAAAGUGUUGGUAUUCUCCGUUAUUUGGUUCGUGAAAAGAAUCUCCCCGAUCAUUGGUACCCAAAAGAUAGCUUAGCACAAGCAAGAGUUGAUGAAUAUCUUGAAUGGCAACAUGUUGGGUUACGUAUACAUCUAGCAAUGUUUGUCCGUGUUAAAAAACUAUUCCCCAUGAUGACAGGAAAACCUCCAGCCAGUAAUUUAUUAGAAAGGAGCCUAAAAGAAACAGUGAACAGUUGCAAUACAUUCGAAAAAAUUUAUCUCUCUAGUGACAAGAAAUUUCUAUUUGGAAAUGAAUUAUCAAUAGCAGAUCUUAUGGCUGCUAUGGAACUGGAGCAACCUCAAAUGGCCGGUUAUGACCCAAGAGAAGGAAGACCAAAACUUGCUUCAUAUCUGGAGAAUGUAAGAGCUGCAACGAAUCCCCAUUACGAUGAAGUUUGUGAAGUGAUAUAUUCCUUUUUAGAAAGUAAAUCGUAGUAUUUUUUUUUUGGAUUGUACUAGUUUAUUUCAUGAUAUUUAAAGCUAUAUAAAUGAAGUUUUGAUUGUAUAUUUUUAUAUUUUAUAAAUAAACUUACUUAAAAUAGUAAUUUCACUCAUUUUUACUUUCAUUUACCUACAUAUGUAAUACAUAAAAUCUACUUAUUUAACCACCUU